CAUGUCCUUAUCUUUUCGUUUAGCCGGUUAUUUAUUGCACCGUUUCUAGUUUCUCCCUCACAAGCUCUGUAACUCCAAAACAGAGUAAGCACUUUAGCUAUGGCGGCCCUCCAUAUUCCAUUAGCUUUCCUUAUUCUUACCUUCUUUCUUGGUUUUAACAUAGCAAAUUCUGAAUCCUUUAUUGGUGUGAACUAUGGACAAGUUGCCGACAACCUUCCCCCACCGUCAGCUACAGCGAAGCUGCUUCAGUCCACCUCAAUUGAAAAGGUCCGGUUGUACGGAACCGACCCCGCAAUCAUCAGCGCUCUGGCCAACACCGGAAUUGGAAUUGUUAUUGGCGCUGCAAACGGCGACAUCCCGGCUUUAGCCUCCGACCCUAAUUUCGCCAAGAACUGGGUGAACACCAAUGUACUCGCGUACUAUCCUGCGAGCAAGAUCAUCCUCGUAAACGUAGGAAACGAGGUUUUGCUGUAUGGAGAUGAUAAUUUGAAGACGAAUUUAUUACCGGCGAUGCAAAAUAUCAAGAAUGCCCUCGAUGCGGCGUCUGUGGGGGACAAGAUUAAGGUCUCCACCGUGCACCCGAUGACUCUGCUCAAGCAGUCUGAGCCACCGUCUGCCGGAAUAUUCGACCCCGGUUUAGGCGACGUUUUGAAGGGAUUGUUGGAGUUCAACAACGCCACGGGCUCACCUUUUGCAAUUAACCCGUACCCGUAUUUUGCUUACCGGGGGGAUCCGAGGCCUGAGACCCUGGCGUUUUGCCUGUUUCAACCGAAUCCGGGUCGUUUCGACGCCAACACGAAGAUCAAUUACAUGAACAUGUUCGAUGCUCAGGUGGAUGCUGUCCAUUCUGCAUUGAACGCCAUGGGAUUUAAAAACGUAGAGAUUGUGGUCGCCGAGACCGGUUGGCCGUACAAAGGAGACGGCGACGAAGUGGGACCUAGUAUGGAGAACGCCAAGGCUUACAACGGUAAUCUGAUCGCCCACCUUCGGUCGAUGGUGGGGACUCCAUUGAUGCCAGGGAAAUCGGUGGACACCUACCUCUUUGCCCUCUACGACGAGGACUUGAAACCUGGACCGGGUUCCGAACGGGCAUUCGGGCUUUUCAAGCCCGAUCUCACCGUGACAUAUGAUGCCGGCCUCUCCAAAAGCAGCCAGACUCCGGCGACACCAAAAACGCCGGUGAAUUCAACACCGGCAAUUCAACCCCGUAAGCCGAACCAAGCAGCAUGGUGCAUGCCCGAGGAAGGCACACCAGACGCCCAGUUGCAGGCAAAUUUGGAUUAUGCUUGUGGGAAGGUUGACUGCAGUCUAAUUCAACCGGGUGGAGCUUGUUUCGAUCCAAACACGGUGGCAUCACAUGCGGCAUACGCCAUGAAUCUCUACUAUCAGACUUUGGGUAGGAAUCCAUGGGACUGUGAUUUCUCAAAAACCGCCGUGCUCUCCAACAACGACCCAAGUUACAAUUCUUGCACGUAUCCUGGUGGGAGCACCUAAAAGUGGAAGGAAAUCCAAUGGAUGAAUGUUGAAUAAUGUAAUCCCCUGUUAGCAAUAUUUUUUGUAGCAGGUGAAGAUUCAGAUAUGUUUGUAUUUUUUUUUGGCCAUCAGAUAUGUAUGUAUAUUAUUUGUAUUUUGAGAUAUAAAUCUAGGUUUACAUGUGUCGACGUUUUCUAC